GUCCUUAGAGAGGUGUCCUCAUUUCAGGAGUGUCCUUAGAGAGGUGUCCUCAUUUCAGGGGUGUCCUUAGAGAGGUGUCCUCAUUUCAGGGGUGUCCUUAGAGAGGUGUCCUCAUUUCAGGAGUGUCCUUAGAGAGGUGUCCUCAUUUCAGGAGUGUCCUUAGAGAGGUGUCCUCAUUUCAGGAGUGUCCUUAGAGAGGUGUCCUCAUUUCAGGAGUGUCCUUAGAGAGGUGUCCUCAUUUCAGGAGUGUCCUUAGAGAGGUGUCCUCAUUUCAGGGGUGUCCUUAGAGAGGUGUCCUCAUUUCAGGAGUGUCCUUAGAGAGGGUUCCACUGUAGCCAAGUUGCUAUGCCACGUGUGCCAGUUCAAAGCUCGCUCCUUACUGCUACAGAUGAUUUAAAGGAUCUUUAUUGUCUUCUUGUCUUCAGGUUCUGUCCCCGUACUCUGAAGCACCAAGACCUGAGUCACAUUGUGCAACUUCUUCUUCUUCUUCUUCCCACUACACGAUACAUCACUUCCCCUUACCUUCACUCCAAGCUGAUCGAGGUGAUAUUUGUGAUGUUGCCGGGGCAACACUCCCAUGGCAACCACCAUCUGGUGGACCAGUUUACGGAGCAUUACCUGGCGACCGAUCAUCUCCCGCUGGCACUCAUGAGGACUUACACCAGCUGUGAAAACAUGGGUGGUUCGAACGAGUUUUUCGACAAGUUCAGCGUUCGUUACCACAUAUCCACCAUCCUCAUCCACCUGUGGGAGCAACCAGCCCAUCGGGCCUGUAUCAUCACUGAGAGCCGGUCAUCUUGUGAGGACGCGGACUUUGUGAAGUUCAUAAAUAUGUUGAUAAACGACACGACAUAUCUACUGGACGAGGCCCUCGACUCACUCAAGUCUAUCCACGACACCCAGGAGGCAAUGGCAGACUCCGACCAAUGGAAUCAGCAGUCUCAGGAGAUGAGGGAAUUGAGACUGCAUCAGUUGGCAGAGGACGAGAGACAGUGUCGUUCGUAUCUCACUCUCUCUUCGGAGGUCAUGACCUUUUUCCACCACCUCACUCAAGAGGUUCAGGAGCCGUUUCUGCGGCCGGAGAUGGCGCCAAGGGUUGCGUCCAUGUUGACUUUCAACCUCAAGCAGUUGACCGGUCCGAGAUACAGGGAUUUGAAGGUGAAGGAACCGGAAAAGUAUGGAUUUCGGCCAAAAGAGUUGCUCAACACCAUUACUGACAUUUACCUCCAUUUGGACAGUAAGCAGUUGGCCAGAGCUGUUGCCAACGAUGAGCGAUCUUACAGUAAGGAAGUGUUUGACGCUUGCGUCGCUCUCAUGAUAAAGAACCAGGUCAAGCCGCUGAAUCUGAUUGGUCAGUUCCAGGAGUUCUCCGGUCGCGUUGAGAGCGAAGCAACUGCUGCUCUCAUGCAAGAUAUUGAAUACGGCGUCGUCCCUGACGAAUUCAAAGAUCCAAUUAUGGACACGGUAAUGGAGGAGCCGGUUCGUCUCCCGAGUGGGAUGAUCGUUGAUCGUCCGGUGAUUGUUAGACAUCUGCUGAAUUCCAGUAUCGAUCCUUUCAACAGACAACCAUUGACUCUGGACAUCUGUGCGAACGAGAAAUUUCGUGAGGAGAUGCCGAGAAGAUACGCGAGGACGACGGGCCGCUACGGAGGGCUCGGAGGCAGCGGAGGCGUGUGCCUAGCCGGCCAUCGGCUAGCGCUGGCGCUAGAAGAAGAACUGGAACGACCAACAUUCACGGAGCUGAUUCGCGUCCAGGACCUGAAGCUGCAGCAGCUAAAGGAACAGAUGUUUGGAGGAUUUGGCGUGGCCCACAUGAGACUGCAGGUCGAGCAGCCUGUCCCCCUCUCAAUCCUAGUGGAUUCGCCGAUCAAUUCCGCCCUCGCUAUCUCGACUCAUUUUAACGACCACCAGCAGUCGACGGUGAUCCACACCAACGAAACCUUGGAGGACGGAGACAUCGACUUUUCAAAAGCAGAGGACUUUCUGCAGCUGGAGACCCCGAUCGACGCUCGCAGGGACCACAACGCGCUCAAACUCGCUUACUCCAUUCCUCAGUGUAGCUUCAUGAGCCGGCUACUCCGCAAGUACCCAAUCAACAAGAAGAGAUUGGCGUUCAUCCAACGUCGGCCGCAGUCCUCGAAAACGUCGCAACCUGGCGGAAACGGGUUUAGCAGGAAGGGUGACGGGAAGGACACGGCAGUAUCGUGUCAGGUGUGCGGACAGCGAUUCACUCGUCAACACCUCUUCCAACAGCACAUAUUGACACACCCCGACCCGGACAAUAAGAUAUUCUUGUGCCAAAUCUGCGGGAAACGGUUCAACAGAGCCGACCACCUGAACCGCCACUCCCUCCUGCACCAAGUCGCCGUGUUCAAAUGCCAGCAGUGCGGGGAGGAAUUCGACCGGGCAUCACAUCUGGAUCGCCACCGUCGAAAGAACCAUCCCCCAGUGGGACAAAUCCCCACUCAGACUCCGCCGCAUACCCCACAGGGGAAAACCCCAGGGGGUGGAGCUUUUGUUACCCCGCACCCCACUGGGUCGUCGUCGGGGAGUAACUUACACCUCCUGGCGUCCGUCGCUACCCCGGAGUCAGUCUCCGGGGUAAUGUCCCUCGGGGUUACCUCGGACGGAGUAGAGAGCCCGGGAAUCCAGUUUGUGAAUCUGGUUGAACCGGAUGAACAGGUAAUUCAGGGUGCCCUGCCCUCUUUCUCUGAUCCCAGGCCCCUCCCACCCUCAACCGAGAAACCAGAGCCCGAGCGACCGUUUCUAUGCAACGUGUGCAACCAUCGUUUUAUCCGAGCUACGCACCUUCGACGCCACAUGCGGAUUCAUACUGGCGAAAAACCUUUUACUUGUCACAUCUGUGGACAGCGCUACGCCCGCGGAGACUAUCUGCGAGCGCACAUUCAGGCUCAUCGGAGGGACCGGAUUCACAAGUGCAAGCACUGUGGAGAGGCGUUCCACGACCUCACCAGGUUCGCCGACCACUGCAGACUGAUGCACAGGGACGUGAACGACGAAUUUGGAAACCCCUGCCCCCCUCCUGAGUAUUCCCCACCGCCCCCCGCACCCUCCGUGACGCUGGAGAGCACCCUCGCAUUCGAGGCUGCGGAGGAGAUCACCAUGAUCCCCAUGUCCGAGGUAACCGGACAACAAUUUAUGCCCACCUCCGCUCCGAGCAACAUUUUGAGUCACCAUCCGAUCUCGGUCCAGUCCGUUCACAACGAAGCCACACCCCACACCCACAUUAGCCACGCCCCAUCUCCACCCGACAUGAUCCAAAUGACUCUAGUUAACAUUCCAGACCCCUCUCCCCCUUCCCCUGAUGUCAUCAUUACAUCACGCGUCCCUGCCCACUCCCCACACCCCUCACUUCACCAAUACCACCAGCAUCAUGUCUCCUCGCCGAACGAGGUCGUUGUCAUGCCGACACUGCAGCACCACGCCCUCCACAACGGAACUCAGAUGGGAGUCAUUACCGACAGGAGAGGACCGGAGUUUGUUACCAUGGCAACACCAAAGCCCCUCCCGACACUGUAUGAUGCUAACGAUCCGAUUCUUCAAUACAUAAUCGCCAACGGCAACGCAGGCACCCUAACCAAUGGAUCCUCCCAGCCCCUCCAUCAUUAGACAGUUAGCCACACCCAACAACCACGCCCCUUUGACUCCUCCCACUUACAGGCCCACACACACCCACAUAGUACCACCAAACCACUUUUUUGUGCCAUAGCUACAUUUUUACUAGCUAAUCAAUUCAAUUUCAUGUCUUUUUCAAAUUGCUGACAUACAAUGCAGAUGUGGUAAAAUAAUUUUUUAUGUUUUUCCCCCCAUCACUCAUGCUAUAUUAUAUAUGUACACAAUUAUGUCAUAGUUAUGUCAUCAAUAAUUGUUAACUACCCAGUUUCAACUUCUGUUCAAUUUGACAUAAAAAAUUAUUCACAAGAACUGUACAUUUUGAC